AUGACCGCUCUUACCCGUAAAAAUGCUAAGUUUGUAUGGAUCGAACAAUGUGAGAGGAGUUUCCAAGAACUAAAGACGAGGUUGACCACCACCCUAGUGUUGACUAUCCCUAGUGGGACAGAGGGAUACCUGAUCUACACUGAUGCCUCAGGACAAGGACUAGGGACAGUACUGAUGCAACAUGGCAAGGUGAUAGCUUAUGCUUUUAGACAGCUAAAGAAUUACAAAAAGAACUACUCGACAAAGGCCAAUAAGGUGGCAGAUGCUCUGAGUCGGCAGCUGAUGGCGUACGUGAUGAAAGUGCGGGAAAUUCCUUUGGAACUGGAAGAUCAAACACGAGGUGAAGAUAUGCGAUCGAGAUUCCACAUAUUGGAAGAUGGAGUGUUAGGAUUUAAAGGUAGAAUUUAUGUUUCCGACGAUGCAGAGAUUAAGAAGCAAAUCUUCUAUAAGGCACACAAUGCCCCUUACGCAAUGCACCCACCAGCGCCAAAAAAUGUAUCAGGAUUUAAGGAAAUAUUUUUGGUGGGCGAAGAUGAAAAAGGAAGUAGCAGAAUACGUGGCUCAUUUCCUCACUUGCCAACAAACCAAGGUGGAGCACUAGUGACCAGCCGGGUUGCUGCAACCGCUAAAGAUUCCAGAAUGGAAGUGGGAAAUGAUCAUAAUGGAUUUUGUUACUGGACUGCCAAAUACUCCUAA